AUGUCCCUCAACACAGUAACCAGCGGCCUAAACCAAGACCUACCCACCGACAGCGUCACCAAAACCGCCUCAGGAACAGUCAACAGCACCGCCGACCACAUCACCGACCAGACCAUCCCAGGCGAAUAUCCCUCCGACGACACCGACACCAAAUAUGACAAGCCGGCCCCCGACAUCUCCUUCUCAUCCAUCUGGUCCGCCUCCAAGACCUGGCUGUUCUCCCUUUUCCCCAACGUUCUCGACCGCUUCGAAAACUGGAUCAAGGCGCUGGUCGCCUGGGUCCUCCCUCCCCCGCGACAAGCCAAAAUGUACGAAGCGAUUCUGAACCGGCCCAUCGCGUCCUCGUUCAUCAUCUGCCAGCUCGUCUGCUGUGGGGUCCCGCUGCUGGUCUUCCUGGCGGGUGUGUUCCUCUUUGCGGCGGUUGCGGUGUUGCUCUGGGCGGUGCUGUCGUUGCUUCUGGCGGCGCCGAUUUUGUUGGUCGCCAGUAUGAUGGGGGUGUCGCUUUGGGGAUGGGGCUGGGUUUUGUACGGGUUGGUGAAGUUUAUUGAUCAGCAUUUCCUGGGGGGGAUGAUUACUCGGUUUUGGUUGGCGAAUCGGCAGGAUCAGGAUGGAGGGGAUGGGCCUGAGGGUGAGGGACAGAAGGGGGAGGAGGAUGAGAUGACAGGGAAGGACGACAAGAGUGAGAAGAAGAGACCGAAGAAACUGCAAGUGAAGAAGGAUACUUGA